GCUGGUGCGACCCGGGCUUCCCGGGCUGCCUGGGCGUCCGGCGCCGCCAGCGGACAUCCACCACCCCCCGACGUCGGCAGCAAGGUCGCCAGGAACCCCGGCGCCGUCGGUUGGUCCUUAAAUAAAACAAUAAUCUAUCCAGUAAAGGGCUUUCAUGAAGAAAUUAACGAGAGAAAUUACAAGUAAGAGAGAAACUAGGAAUUGUACAUUGAAGAAACCACCUCAAACAACUGUAUGGAGUAAAACAAAAAGAGUGAAUACAUCUGGAAGAAAUUUUACUUAGUGUAUUUUUGCCCACCUUUUUGUCAUAAAGGCUGCUAAGGAAGAGAGAAUAUAGUUUUCUAGAGAAAGAACGAAUGUGAUGUAAAAAUGGAAACCACGGUUUCUGAAAUUCAAGUUGAAAGCAGGGAUGAGAAGAGACCCACAGAAGUUAGUCCUCAAGAUGAGAGGCAGGAGGGAAGAUCAUCCAUGCUUUGCUUCAAGAGAAGAAAGAAAGCAACCAAAACGAUGAAGCCCAGAGCUAGCUCUGAAGCUGCUGGUACGGCAGGAACGCGUCCACCAGAAGCAGGAGCUUCCGAUCAGCCACAGCCCCCAGGGGGGGCCUGGGCCUCAGUCAAACGUCUCGUAACACGCAGGAAAAGGUCAGAAUCUUCAAAGCAGCAAAAGCCCGUUGAGGCUAAAGUGCAACCUGAAAUCAGUGCUGAGGAUGCUGAUCUUUCUAAGAAAAAGGCCAGAUCUGGACUUAAGAUUCCCUGCAUAAAAUUCUCAAAAGGAGAGAAAAGAAGUAAUCAUUCCAAGAUUAUAGAAGACUCAGACUGCAGCAUCAGAGUCCAGGCAGAGGCUGAACAUGUGGAUAUAAAAGUUCCGGCCCAGUCAGAUGAGCAGGCAACAAAAACCGAGUUGCCCCGGGAUAGAAGUAAAGAUGGCUCUGGGAAGGGGGGUGAUGAGGUCUGCGAACCAAAUGUGGGCAACAGCACAAAUAUGGCUGGAGAAAAAGUGAUCUCAGUAGAACUUGGGUUAGAUACGGAGCACUCUGCCGUUCACCCGGGAACACUCAUCCUUGAAAGAGAUACGGAAACGAUUGAGGAAAAACAAAGGAUUCAACCCCAGCAAGCAAGCCCACUUGAAACUUCUGAAACAGAACAUCAGCCUCCAGUGGUUUCUGAGGUUCCUCCCUCACCCACAAUCCCAGAUCAGCAAAUUGUGGAAGAUGCCAGAAGCAAGAUCCUAGAAAGUGGACCAAAUUGGGAAGAGCACGAAAGUGGAGAGAUUGUAGCCGAAGAGAGUGAGCCAGAAGAUACUGAAUUGAGCCAGGAAUCAGAGCUGAGAGAAAAUGAGGUCACUGCAGAAAAACCCAAACCAGAAGAAAGCAAAAGAAUGGAGCCAAUUGCUAUUAUUAUUACAGACACUGAAAUCAGUGAAUUUGAUGUUAAGAAAUCUAAAAAUGUCCCUAAGCAAUUCUUAAUUUCAAUUGAAAAUGAGCAAGUGGGGGUUUUUGCUAAUGAUAGUGGUUUUGAGGGUAGAACUUCAGAACAAUACGAAACACUCUUAAUAGAAACAGCUUCUUCUCUUGUCAAGAAUGCUAUCCAAUUGUCUAUAGAACAGCUGGUUAAUGAAAUGGCCUCUGAUGAUAAUAAAAUGAACAAUCUUCUACAGUGACUUAAUUUCCAGAUCAUGGGAGGGGAAAAAAAAAAAAAAGCUUCCUGCUAAAUUAUUUUGCAUAUUUGUGGCAUUUUGCAUUCAGUUACAAAUGAGAGGCUAUCAUCUGUGGAAUUUACAGGUACAGUUCCAGCCCGGAAGUGCUAAAGAAUUAAGUAUGUAAAACUCUCCUACCACGGAAGUGCAGUCACUUCUGGAUUUUGGAAGUUAGUAAAGAUCACAAUGGAAGUGACAUAUGGGGAGUAGCUAAAAUGACAUGUGGUAGUUGGGGUGCUUAGGAGGAGGAAGCUGUGUUUAUUGAGCACUCAUGGUAUGCCAGAAACUCUUUAAUAUUCUCUGAUGUCACAAAGCCUUGUUUCCUUUUGAUAGUUUAAUCCUGUGUAUAGGUUAACAUCACAUUGGAUUUUCAAAAAAAAAUUUUUUACAGUGCACUUUUAUGUUUAAAAUGGUGAAUAAGGUGAGCUAUUUUUGUGAAUGUGUGAUUUACAGUUGUUACACUCAUAGGCAGUAGUCUUACCUCAAAAAAAAAUAUUGCCUUUUCCUAAUUUCAGCAGAAUGUGCAUAUUUGAAUCAAAUAUGAGUGUUUUUCUUGUCUUGCUUAGAUACCGUACAAAGCCAUUCAUAAUUUAUUUCAAAUAGGCAAAUAAUUACCAAGUGCAAAUGUGUGGAAAUGGGCCGUGCAUUUUCCCUCUCCGUCUUUCUGCCUCACAUCCAUUUCUGCAUGGGGUCAUCUGCUGAAAAAUUAGAGACAAAACCCAAAAAACUAAACAACAGCAACAGCAAAAACAGGAAGAGUAAAAUGCUGUUUUCCAUCCAGGAGAAGGCAAAUUGCCCAAGUAAAAUCUGAUCACAGAUAACAUAGGAUUCAUCUUGCAGGACUGCUACUCUAGAGACCUUUCAUCCACCUCUCCCCAAAGAGGGAAUUCAUAGCCAGCCUGGCAGUAGAAGUCCCAGGAAAUCAUAACAACUUAGUGAAAAUACUAUUCACUUUUGACCAAGAAUGAGCCAAGUUCAUGGUUGAAUAGAAAGUGAAAAAUUAUUGUUAAAGCACAUUGUAUUUUAAAUAUCAGUAUUCUCUUGUUGUGCCUAAGUGUCAACAGACACCAGUAACCUACAUUUUACAUGGAUUUAGAUAAAUAACUUUUUCAUCAGUAUGUUCAAUCCAGUUAAUCCCUUACCAAAAAAAAAGAACUUAAUGUAACGAUGAGAAGGGCUUAUUUGCAUUUUAUCUGGUUAUUUAAAUCAUUGAUCUCAUCAACGAUUGCCAUAUUUUUUGAAAAAGUAGUUCCAUUUCAAUCUUUCCUUGUGUGAAAUGGCCAUAAUACUAUAACACACUUCCCUACCUCACAGGUAAAGGUCCAAAUUGUAUAGUCCCCAUUGUCUAAACUGAGGGACAGCAUGACUCUGACAGUAGAUGAAGUAUAAAGAGCUUUCCACUCGAGUUGCAAGGCAUUUGUUAAAGAGGAUUUGUCCAUUCUUGGAGAAAAGAGUGUACAUUAGAUGAUUGUAAAUGACCCGGUGACUUCUUGCAUUAUUUAUGGAUUAUAUAUAGAAAGUAUGUGCUGAUUUGUCCUGUAGAACCUUCUUUGUUUCUUGCUGUGAGUACAUCUUGAGACCUCUGGUAGAAAAACCUAAUCUGACUUUGGAACUGAACCAAAUAAUGAAUAUUAUUAGCAAGAUUCUUUGCUGAAGUACAAAAUUAUUCCCCCAGACUUUUCUACCUUCAUGCCUAUAACCUUGGGAGGAGAAACCCACAAAAAUCCUUCAAUUUAGCAACACAAAAGUGGGUUUUCAAAACAUAUGACCCAAGAAAUGAGUUUCUUUUAGUAGUAUAAUUUUCAAACAUAAAAAGAAGACUGCUAAGUCAUUCUCCCUAAAAAUACUUUUUUAUUCACUGUAUGUGGUGCUAAUGGACUUGGAUGGCUACCAGCAAAUAUAUUUAAAAGUGAAAAUUUUUUAAAAAUCUGACCAAAGUUCGUGCAUUUUACAGUGUUUUAAGGAAUCCUGUCUUCAUUUAUUGCAAGAAUGGCUCAAGCCAAUAUACGUGCGUUGUAAGUUUUUCAGUAAUCUCUCAUGAAUGAACAAGUAUAGCACUUACCAGUGAUUGCAAAUAUUUUGGAAAGCUUAUGCAUAUUUGGGAGUUUUAAAGAGUUAUGAGAUAAAUAUGUGUAAUUAGUUAUUUAUGUUAAGGUAAGAAUACUUUCUCUGGUCCUGGGUUUCUACUUUUUUUUUCCCCUCACUGUGGUUUGAUACAUAUUUUUUGGUUAGACCGUAUAGUAUAACCAAUUGUAUUUUGUGAUAACGUGUGUACCCUACCUGUUUUUAUUUUUAAGUGGUUCCUCCUUAAUCUUUUCUAUUGAAAGUAUCUGGUGAAUUAAAUAAAUAGGAUUUCAGUCUGAAAAAAGAAUCCAGAAAAUAAUUGAUCUCAGUCUGAAUAUACCUGCCACACGGCCAAAUCCUAUUCACAUGAAUUCUAAGGUGAUCCAGAUUGUUUUGUUAUAGAAGCAAGCAGGGAUCCAAUAACUUGGAAGUCUCUUAUAAAAUGUGUUUAAUUUCAAUAGUAUUUAUUUUAAGCAAUUGGACCUUAUAUGCCAGACAUUAAGUGAACAUAAAUAGGUUCCUAUUCAGUUCAUCCCCAUUUGACAUGAUUAAAAUGAUCAUUUAAAAGGCAGUUUAGGGCACCUGGGUGGCUCAGUAGGUUAAGCCGC